AUGGUCCCCCUUCAUCCAUCCCCGCAGCCGGCAGCGUCUGCCAACCAGCUGCCUACCCUCCACUCGGGCAUUGCCGACAAACGAUCCGCCUCCUAUACCUCCACAGCCAACGACCACGACUCCUCUCCAGCCAAAUAUGUCUCCCCCGGCAGCAACAUUGACGUCCAGAUCCGCGAAUACCACAACAGCAUCAAGGCCACCCUGACGGCGCUGCUGAAUGAUCAACGAGUAAGAAAAAACCCAGACGGCAGCAAAUGCGUCCAGUCCUUCCUUUUUGAAGCGGAGAGGAACUUACGAAAGGAGAAGAGAAAAUCGAUCGGCUCGCGUCCGCCUGAUGAGAAGCUAUAA